GCAGUUGUUGGCUCAAUGAGGGAUGGUUCUUUGCCUACGCACGGUAGGCGAUGGGCAUCCGACACCGUUCCCGCCAAUACCACACUCAGCUCAACAGCUUCACCUGGAAGCGGGUACCUGUCGGCCGAGGAGUUCGUCGAGGUCACCAUCGAUCUCCAAGACGAUGAUACCAUCAUCCUCCGAAGCGUCGAGCCGGCCACCGCCAUCAACGUCGAUGAAGGUUCCGAUAACUCGGCCUCGGCUUCACGAUCACCGACGAUCAAGCGGAGCUCAUCCAAUAAAUUCAGACAGUUUUCACAAGAACUAAAAGCCGAGGCAGUGGCCAAAGCCAGGCAGUUCUCACAAGAGUUGAAAGCCGAACUACGCAAGUUCUCGUGUGGCCAAGGACGCACAUCUCAGGCUGUAAACGGAUUUGACUCGGCUUUAGCCGCUCGAGCUCUAAGAAAGCAAAGAGCUCAGCUCGACCGGACUCGCUCCGGCGCUUCAAAAGCACUUCAUGGAUUAAGGUUUAUCAGUAAAAAUAAAGCCAAUGCAUGGGAAGAAGUUCAGAACAAUUUCGACAAACUCGCAAAGGAAGGCUUUCUCUUUCGCUCCGAUUUCGCACAAUGCAUAGGAAUGAAGGAUUCUAAGGAAUUUGCGCUGGAGAUGUUCGAUGCAUUGAGUAGAAGAAGAAGAUUAAAAGUUGAAAAAAUUAGCAGAGAUGAGCUUUAUGAAUAUUGGUCUCAAAUCACCGAUCAAAGUUUUGAUUCUCGCCUUCAGAUCUUCUUCGACAUGGUGGAUAAGAACGACGAUGGUAGAAUCACUGAGGCUGAAGUAAAAGAGAUCAUCAUGCUAAGUGCUUCAGCUAACAAGCUAUCGAGAUUGAAGGAGCAGGCGGAAGAAUAUGCAGCUUUGAUCAUGGAAGAGUUGGACCCAGAAAGACUUGGAUAUAUUGAGCUAUGGCAAUUGGAGACACUUCUCUUGCAAAAGGACACGUAUCUGAGUUACAGUCAAGCCCUAAGCUACACAAGCCAAGCCCUUAGCCAAAACUUACAAGGAAUAAGAAAAAGCAGCAGAAUCGGAAGAAUGAGCAAUAAACUUGUUUACUAUCUAGAAGAAAAUUGGAAGAGAAUACGGGUCGUGUCAUUGUGGAUAAUGAUUAUGAUAGGACUCUUUACAUGGAAGUUCUUUCAGUACAAACAGAAGAGUGCUUUUAAUGUUAUGGGUUAUUGUCUCCUCACAGCCAAAGGAGCAGCUGAGACCCUGAAGUUUAACAUGGCUCUUAUCCUCAUGCCCGUGUGCAGAAACACCAUCACUUGGCUCAGGUCCACAAAGCUGGGUCUAUUCCUACCUUUGGAUGACAAUAUCAACUUUCACAAGACAAUAGCCGCAGCGAUUGUAAUUGGAGUCAUUCUCCAUGUCGGUAACCAUCUCGCCUGUGAUUUUCCGAGGCUUAUCCAUUCUUCUAAUGAUAAAUAUAGAAAGUUUCUAAGCCAUGACUUUGGAAGUCAUAAGCCAACGUACUUGGACCUGGUAAAAGGAAUUGAAGGAGUGACUGGAGUUCUAAUGGUUAUCUUCAUGGCCAUUGCAUUUACACUGGCAACAAGAUGGUUUCGGCGGAACCUGAUUAAACUUCCCAAGCCCUUUGAUAGAAUCACUGGCUUCAAUGCCUUCUGGUACUCACACCACCUGUUUGUCAUUGUCUACGCCUUGCUUGUCAUCCAUGGCGAAUUCCUUUAUCUCGUGCACAUAUGGUACCGUAAGACGACUUGGAUGUACCUCGCUAUUCCAGUUCUGUUAUAUGCUGGAGAAAGGACCCUAAGGUUUUUUCGUUCUGGUUCCUAUACUGUCCGGCUUUUGAAGGUUGCAAUUUAUCCGGGAGGUGUUCUCACAUUACAAAUGUCUAAGCCACCUCAAUUUCGGUACAAGAGCGGGCAGUACAUGUUUGUCCAAUGCCCUGCUGUCUCUCCAUUUGAAUGGCAUCCUUUUUCCAUCACCUCUGCUCCUGGCGAUGACUACCUUAGUGUACAUAUUCGUCAGCUAGGUGACUGGACCCAAGAGCUCAAACGGCUAUUCUCAGAGGUUUGUGAACCUCCUGUAGCUGGGAAAAGUGGGCUUCUCAGGGCUGAUGAGACAACUAAGAAAAGUUUGCCAAAGCUGUUGAUUGAUGGACCGUAUGGUGCACCGGCACAAAACUAUAAGAAGUAUGAUGUUCUGUUGCUUGUGGGUCUUGGAAUUGGUGCAACGCCAUUUAUCAGCAUCUUAAAAGAUCUGCUAAACAACAUUGUCAAAAUGGAGGAGCAGGCAGAUUUGGCCUCGGAUACCAGUAGGACAUCAGACUUAAGUGUUGAGAGCAAUGAUUCAAACGCUCCGAACAAAGUUUCACGAAAGAAGACUCUUAAGACGACCAAUGCUUACUUUUAUUGGGUAACCAGGGAGCAAGGUUCAUUUGAUUGGUUCAAAGGGGUCAUGAAUGAAGUUGCAGAACUUGAUCAAAGGGGUGUCAUUGAAAUGCACAACUAUUUGACAAGCGUUUACGAGGAAGGCGAUGCACGCUCAGCUCUCAUCACAAUGGUCCAAGCACUAAAUCAUGCCAAGAAUGGAGUCGACAUCGUUUCGGGCACCAGGGUGCGAACCCAUUUUGCAAGGCCUAAAUGGAAGAACGUUCUGUCUAAACUGAGUUCCAAGCAUUGCAACGCAAGGAUAGGUGUGUUCUACUGCGGGGCACCGGUUCUGGCCAAAGAACUCAACAAACUGUGCUACGAGCUGAACCAAAAAGGUUCAACUAAAUUUGAAUUCCACAAGGAGCAUUUUUAAGACAAGUAUACGAGGAGAGUAAAUGCUAAAUAGCAGCAGCCUCAUCACCCCUUAGCCCUACCUCCUUUAUUUACCUGCACAAGAAUUUUCGCAAUAAGGAGUUCCUGUACAGCCUUCGGCUAGAAAAAGCAUUUCAUCGUUGAAUGCCCUCAAAAAAGUGACUGAACUGAUUUUGAUGAAUUGAAUUCAAUGGUGUAGCCAGCAACACGAUAAUUAGAUAAGAGGGAUGACUGCCGUACUGAUGCAAUUGAGAGUUUGACUCCAGACAUGAGAGGCUGGGCACUGGGCAGGGCUAGCCCGACCUCGAAUUAUUGAUGGGAUUGGAGGAAGUAUAGGUUUCUUCUUCUUUUUUCUUUUCCUUCUCUUUUUCUAUAUUUCCCAAUUUUCAUGUAAACAAUUCUAAAUAUACUAAUAAACUAUUGUAAAAGAAAAUUUAAUCAUAAUAGGUGUAAUAAAUACAACACAAAUUCAGUGACAAAUGAAUUAAAACUUAAAGCAA